UCGGAACGUUUUUUAUUUUGGCCGCAAUAGUAUAAAACAGACUGAAGCAGCGUUUCUUCAAAGCUAGUCGCAAACGACACUGCUCAUAAUUUGCAAGCUACUUUCUCCCCAAUUCUACUAGUAAAGGACGGAAUGGAGGGCACAGUGUUCAGCCCUGCAUUGGAAGGAAUGAAGCAUGUUAAGUCGGAAGAUGGAGUAAUGCUAACUAAGCCAUUCUUGGAUGUAUGCAAGCUUAUAUUACCCGUGAUCGAAAAGUUUGGAGCUGCUAUGGCAAUUGUCAAAUCUGACAUUGGAGGCAAUAUAACUAGGCUAGAGAACAAAUAUUUGUCCAGCCCAACUAAGUAUAUCCAUCUAUACACUAUGGUACAAGAAGAAGUUGAUGCUAAGACUGCUAAAGGCUCAUCUAGUUGCACCAAUGGCCUCCUGUGGUUGACAAGGGCAAUGGAUUUCUUGGUAGAAUUAUUCCGGAAUUUAAUUCAUCAUCAAGACUGGUCUAUGUCUCAAGCCUGUACUGAUGCUUAUGGGAAGACUCUAAAAAAGUGGCAUGGUUGGCUGGCUAGUUCAAGCUUUUCUGUUGCUAUGAAGCUCGCUCCUGAUAGGAAGAAGUUCUUAGACGUCGUUGCUGGAAAUGGUGAUGCUAAUAGUGAUAUUGAGAAAUUUUGCACCACUUUCUCACCAUUUCUUGAGGAGAACCACAAAUUUUUGGCUAGCGUUGGCUUGGAUGAUCUCAAGGCAUCCUAAAUGAUGGGUGAGGAAAAGUUAUUACAGUGCGGCUAUAAUUUUACUAUAUUGCUAUACAAAUGCUAAUAAACUCAAAACAAAUAUUACAUCUUGUGCUUAUGUAACCUUUGACUCAGCAAGUUCUGUACGUGGAUUCCUUCAUUUGAAAAUUUCAUUUAAUGUGAAAUUAUAGUCUUAAAUCUUGGUUUAA